AUGGUGGUCUGGGGGACCGCGCUGACGCAGGCUGGCGCUGGCUACCGACCCAGUGACGGGCUUCAAGCAGGCACCGUGCCCGGCGCCAUUGACGGGGAUGGGGGCAUCUGCGAGCCUGCCGAAGGGUUCAAGCUGGCAGUCGCGAAGGCCGAUACCUACGAGGGCAUGCCCACCGCCUGGCAGGACCGCCAAGCUGCAGAGCAGACUCUUCGGACCCUCCUCGUCAAGUACGGUGGCGGCGGCAACAGGAUCAGAGUCUUCGCCGAAUCAGGGGACACCGCGACCUCUAACUCGCAGCUGGACUCCCCUGGCUGCAGGCCGCGGACUACCUUGUGGGUGGUGCAGCAGUAUGCUAACAGACUUCGAGAACACAAGGCGGGCAUACUUCGCAGUGCUGAGGGGUCGGCUUUGCCCGGCGAGCGCAAGAGCCUCUUGGGACAAGAGCGUGGGCUUGAAGGACCCGCCUUCAGGAGGGAGCAGCAGCACUCAAAGGGCGCCGCGAAGGACGCGAAGAAAAGAGUAUUGCUCGAGGAUCAGUGGCUUCUCAACGGCAUUGCCUCCCUCAACGAGCUGGGCGGGCAGGGGCGCCAUGUGCCCGCCUCCGCCCCGCUGACGGCGGCCCAACGUGCUGCAGUGAGGCGGCUGGCCACGACCUACGGCAAGUGGUCGCCGCCCGUUAUCGGUGCGGGCAAGGUGGCUCUUACGGAGGUCCUCCCGACUGACCUGCAGACCAAGCUGGAGACUGGGCGCGGGCUGUUGCGAUCCCCAGAGGAGGCAGCAGCGCUAAUUCGUGAUGCAGGUGCUCCUCGUGCCAUGGACCCGAAGCUUGGGCGGCUCGGCUACGACUACGGCCACGCUCUGGGGGGGCUCUACACCUCCGGGGUGAUCGAGGCCAGCUCGGAGCCGGUUUUGGAGGAAGCUGGCAUGUUUUUUGUGGCUCGCAAGGACAAGCGGUUGCGUCUCAUCUGCGACACCAGGACGCCUAUCAUGCACUUUACCACGCCAGAACACACGGCACUCGCGACGGGUGAGGCUUUGUCCUCGCUGGAGGCGUCGGGAGUCAAUAUGAUCGGCAUGAGUUCUGGAGACGUCGACUGCUGUUUCUAUCAAUAUGCAUUGCCGCCCUGGUGCAGGCGCCACUUCAACCUCCCGCUGAUCGAGAGUCGCUUCCUGCCGCCGGAGGUUCGGAGCGCCUGCGGAUUGACGUUGAAGAGCGGCCAGAUACGCUUUGGAUUCAAGGUGGUGCCCAUGGGCUGGAGCUGGGCGGUGCACUUUAUUCAAGAAGCACACCUUCACCUCGUCAAGUCAGUCUUGCCAUCUCAGCCAUGGUGCUUGGACAAGUGCCCCGGCAUUGACUUGAACGCUGAGGAUGCCAAGGUCCUGUGCAUAGACAACUUUGCCGCCCUGUCCCAGUCGCCCUGCCGCGCCGCCACCGCCGUCGCCGACAUGCAGGCGGCGCUCGCGGCCAAGGGCGUGGUCUCCGAGCUAGACCCUGCUCCGGCCGAGCGCGGCGAGCUGCUGGGAUGCGAGCUCGACCUGCAGACGGGCUGCUGGCGCGCGCUGGGUCGCCGGCUCUGGCGGGUCUACGGCGCCCUGGAGUAUGUUCUCACGGGGCGGGCCAAGGUCUCUGGCCAAGAGCUCGAGCGUUUGAUCGGCCACCUGGUCUCCAUCCUGAUGCUGCGCCGGGAGGGGCUGGCCAUGCUGCACUCCUCAUACGAGUUCGUGCAAGCGUCCUACUCCAAGAAGCAGCCGCUCUGGAAGAGCGUGGUCCGUGAAAUGGGCUGGGUCAAGGCGCUACUGCCUUGCCUUCGGGCCGACACUCGACGCCCGUGGAGCGAGGUGGUCACUUGCUUCGACGCAUCUCCUUGGGGCUACGGGAUCGUGGAGACCGAGUGGGACCUGAAGGAUGUGCAGCGCGUCGGCAGGGUCUCCGAGCGCGCACGGUUCCGCGGCGUGCUCGCUGCCGAGGGCGCCCCCCGCGAGAGGACGCUGGAGCAGGAGAUAGCGCGGGCACCAGAGCCCGCCCUCCUGCUGGCCGGGCGCUCGGCAGGUUUCCCGGAGGUCGACUACGGCAAGAUGCAUGCCCGGCCCUGGCGCGUAGUAGGCUGCGGCCGCUGGAAGCGCAAGGAGGCCAUCCACGGGCUUGAGGGGGCCGCUCUGACAUGGGCCGUUCGCCGGGCGGCCAGGGUGGCGAUGCUCCAGGCGGUGCUGCCCACGCCGAUGGCCUUGGCGAGCUGCCGCUCCGGCCCUCGCGCGCCGAGCGAGCGCAGGAGCCACUUGCCUUGCCGCCCGGGCAACCGAUGCCGGGGCAGGCCGAGGCAGGCCGUGUUGCCGGUGCUGGGCGAGCCCGAGAGCAGGCCAGACUUGGCUGGGCGGCGCGCAAAGCUUGGCCUCAGUCACUCGGAGAGCGACUUCAUCCAGAAGAGGCGCCAGUUGCGCCCGGGCCAGACCCGGCGUGCUUCGGCCAAGUGCAGGCCUCGCACGCAGGUGCCCUACCUCGGAAUGUUCCUCUGCUUGGUAUGCUGGCUGAAUGUGGCCUUCCUCCUGGACUGGGCGCACCUCACGUGGGACGAGACGCUGGGAGAGUACGCCGAGUCGAUCUACGACCGCGGGGUCCUCAAGGCGUCUUCUCAGCGGCUGGGCCCGGCGCUGCGCUGGGCGUUGCCCGCCCCCCGCCAGGGCGGGAUCCGCGAGGUCUUCCCCCUGACGCACCAGACGCUGAAGGGCUGGAACGUCCUGGACCCGUCCAAACCCAGACCGCCCGUCCCGUUCUUGGUAGUGCUGGCGGUGACCUGCGGGCGGUGCCGGGCAAGGAAGCCACUCUGUGGCUUGGCCGUUCUCGCCAGGUUCGUGACCUACAUGCGCCCGUCAAGAGUGCUGGAUUUGCGAGCAAGGCUGGUGGUCCUGCCGCUGCCAAGGGAAGGAGGUGUACCGUUCUUCUUGACGGUCGCGGUGUGGGCCUCAGUGUACGAGAUACCAACCAAGACCCACGAGCACGACCUUGCAGUUCGGCUCGACCUGCCCAGGCAACAGUUGAUGGUGAACCCGAUCUUCCUUGUGCGAGCCCUUCGGGAACCCGUCCACGCAUUCCUGGUCUUGGGCUACAACCAACUGGCGAAGGACUUCCAGAACACGACCCUUGCUCGGAGCGUGUGCUUACGCAAGGCCACCCCUUGCUCCCUCCAGCAUGGAGGGGCCAGCCACGACCAGAGCACGGGCGACAGAGACUCAGGCACCGUGCUGCAGCGAGGAGGGUGGGAGGCGUUCAAGUCCGUGCUGCGCUACGAGAAGCACGGACGCCUGCUGCUGGAACCAUGCAAGCUCAGCGACCUGCUGCGCAAAACCUUCCGAGCAGCAAGCAGGCACUUCGUGGGCGUCUUCAACAGGUUCUUGGAGCUGCUAUUCGGAGCGCCCCCCAUCAAAAAAGGGUGUGCUUCGAAGUCUUUUCAGGAUGUGGAGCCCUGA